UCCUCUCCAGGCCAGCGGAGUGUACACGCUGUUUCCCUUCACAUUUCCGGUGUUCUGCGACAUGGUGACGGACGGAGGCGGCUGGACGGUCAUCCAGAGAAGGAUUCCGAGGGACAUCCACGAGGACUUCAACCGGCCGUGGGCAGACUACCGGCAGGGUUUCGGCGAACUGAGCGGCGAGUUCUGGCUCGGUCUCGAAGCGCUUCACCAACUCACGCUCAGUUCGGACUACGAAUUACGGGUCGAUAUGAUGGACUUUGAGUUCGGGUCCAAGUAUGCGGUUUACGGGGUGUUCCGUGUGGGACCAGAGAGCGAUGGCUACCGUUUGACCGCCACGCACUACUCAGGCAAUGCAGGCGAUGCUCUGUCGGUAUUUCACUCUGGCAGGAAGUUCUCGACGUUCGACCGCGAUCAGGACACAGCGCGGAACAGGAGCUGCGCCCGCGAGAAAGAGGGCGGCUGGUGGUUCCACGCAUGUUACGCCGCCCACCUCAACGGCAUCUACCCAGACGAACCUCAGAGACUGAGCAGUGGCCCUGAGAUUCGGUGGUGGAGCAACCAGGACCACGUCCUCGUCCUCAGCAACGUGGAGAUGAAGAUUCGACGGAUAAAAGGAUUUAUUCCGCCCUCCAGCACUCCCGCAGUCGCAGAAGACACAGGCAAAGGCGCUGGGAAGUCCGGUCACACACCCGGCGUCGAGGACAAUGGCGUGACACCAAGAGUCAACUCGGGCGAGGACGAACGCAUGGACUACGACUACCACUGGGAAGCCGGGAACGAAGUUAUUACCUUCGGCGAUAUUAGCGGAGAUGUCGAGGACGAGUACAACGUCACAGAUCAUCAUGGGCGCUCUGACGUUAGCCCUUGGGGAGUCGCUAAAACGCAAGGAGACACAGAAGGAUAAAUGUCAUCUUUAGGAGGGGUAGACACUAUUAAAUGUGUUCAGGGUCCGCGCGUUAUGUACAAGUCUUGUGUUGAGCAAGCGUAAUCAAGCGUAAUUUUACUGAAUUUUACAGUAGGUGCAAAUAGAUAUGGUGAAGAGUGCUGUGAGCCUUAAACAAUUUUGACUUGUUGAGGCUAUUAGUAUGGAACGGUUAUUUGGUCAUAAACUACACUAGAAUUAAUAUUAAGCACUUCAGUAAACCUCAGUGGAAUGUCACAUAACAUGAUGUAGUCAUAAGUAUGAUUAACCAUUCAACAACUCCAGUGGGCCUUCGUGCAACAUUUAUGCAACUGCACAGACAAGCCUACCCUUUUACCAAUUUUCUUAUAAUGAGGUGGUACUUUGUUUGGGCAGUGAUUUUCAGGUUAUAAUGAGUUGCAUACAACCCAUCCAAAGAAAUACUGAGUAAGCAGUCAGUACUCCUGAAAGUAAUUUUUAGCAAUACUUUUUAUCACGAAUAAAGUAUGUUUAACCGUGACAAAAUGUAACCGAAAGAACAAAUCAAAACAUGUUGAGCUAUAGAUGUGUUAUAUGUAUUAUGCUGUAAAAUGACUAUGAUUCUGCAUAAAGCUUUUGACAAAA